UGCACUCCUGCCCUCUGCUCUACUGUACAAUACACCGUCAGAGAGCCUCGGCUCACGUGACUGUGUAUUGUAUGUACACCUUGAAAUACUUUGUAUUGUGCUCACCAAUACAGGUUUGCUUACCUGCUUAUUUACUUAACUACUUACUUACUGACUGACUGACUUACUUACUUACUUGCACACACACACACACACACACACACACACAGUCAAGUCUUGCCUCGUGUUGUCUUGUCAAAUGGUUUGGCCACAACACACGUGCCAUGCCGUGUGCCACAGUGUCUCUUACUCCCAUCCACCUCUUUGUCUUGUCCCCACAUCCCGGUGCUCACGCCGGCCACUUCAAGGCUCAACUCCCUCCCUCCCGCACUCAGCCUUGCAGGCCACGUCUCUCCUGCCCUGCUCCUCACUCGGGAAAUUUCUUUGCAGGCUGCUGGCGAGAGGAACUGCCGUCCCAAGCCCUCCACCAUGGCCGCCGCUCCGAAAGUUUGCGUCCGUCGCAUUAAGCUUAUCUGUCUCAUGGAGAACGCAGGCAAGGACGUCUUGACCUUCGUGUUGAAGCGCGGCGCGCUGAACGCCCCCGCCACGCCGCCGGGCCAGUCCCUCACUGACUACCUUGACAACCUCCCUCAAGGCUCGACAGCCAACUAUGGAAGGAUGAGUAAAAAACAAAAGAAAGCAGCAGUGAACCACACCGACCGCCGCCAAGCACAACGCUUCCCUUUAUGGGACAACUUUGAUUUGACUUUAUUGUACAAAGCAAUAAAGCUGACGUGCGAAGGCCUGGCGAGAGAUGGCGAUCCCGAAUGGGGGAACCAGAACACCCUGGAGGGAUUGGUAACGAAAAUCAAGGAUGAGCGGAAUGAACUCUUUCAUGAAGUGAAAUCUUUCAGCGAGGCAGAGUACCAGCACAAAGUCAACGAGUUAGAACACCUCUUUAUCCGAGUCCUCGCCGCAGCCAAGACCAAAUACUGCAUUCCUGACGCAGAGGUGACACCCGUGCAGGACAACGCCCGGCAGGUCACUGAUACCUUCAGAAAAACAGGAAUGGAGAAAGAAAUUUUAAAAGAUUAUUUCAGUAUCAUGCAGCAAGAAUUUCUGAGAGACAGUCAGACCCACCUCAAAACAUCCUAUGAUCGAGUGCAAACCUUUGAUCCUCUGUCCUUCCUUACCAACUCCCCAAAACACCACCAUCACAUCCAGGACAUUUUCUGCAAGAUGUCCCUCGUGGAAGGAAGAGGACACCUCCAACAGAGGCGAGACAUCGACACUUGCGACGUGCUGACGGUGACGCGCCGCGCGGGACAGAAUCCACAGCCGUCCACAUCCUCAUCGGCCACGCCGCCCACGCACGGCGCCAAGCCACAGCUCAUCCUGAUCAGGGGCGUGGCAGGAAGCGGCAAAACGACCCUGCUCACCUUCCUUGUCUCAGAGUGGCUUCAGGAGCCCGGCGCCUGCACCAUCAAACACCUGGACGAGUACGACAUCGUGGUGCGUGUCUUGUGCCGCGAUAAUGAAGGCCCAUCUCUCCAGAACUUCCUCAAAGUGAUCCUCCCAAACCAUUUUGCUGUGAUGGACGAACACCUCAUCCCCCUCCUACAACAAAGCAAAGUUCUCUUCCUGAUUGACGGCCUGGACGAACUGUCGCCAGGCAGUCCAUCACACAGCCUUGUGAAGGACAUCCUCUACAUAUCGAAAUACUCGCCAGGCUUCACACUCGUCUGCACAUCGCGUCCCGAAACAGUGCAAGACUUCCUGGCCAAAUUACCUGAUGGUUAUGAGGUGUGGGACAUGGAGAUGAAAAGUGUUAGCCAUGAACAAAGAAUUCAUUUUGUCAUGAAGCAUUACAACAGCUUCCCAGACAAGGGGGACAAAGACCCUGAGAGGCUUGAGUACCUCAUGAAACACAUUGGCUGGAAGGAUUACCUCGGCCUGCCAUUAAAUCUAUUGUUCGUGGCAACACUUUUCUACAUCGAUCAAGACAAGAUCAAGAUCACCACCACCCAGACCAGCCUGUACGUCACCAUUCGAGACUGGUGCAUAGAAAAACUGCAGGGCAGACUCACAGAUGAUCCACGAGACACAAAGACCCGCGAGGUCCUCAUCUCUAGGGUUCUACAAGAUAUAUACGACACUUCAUUGCAAGGUCUUCUACAAGACCGACUCACUCUGUCAAAACAGGAAGAGCAGAAGCUGAUUUGUUGCUGCCUUGGAAAAGGAUUACCCAGCAAGGAAGUCAUCCCAGCGUUUUUCAAUCUUCAAGACACCAGUGACAGGCUGGGGCAUCAUCAGAAGUACGCAGCCCCACACAAGAGCCUACAGGAAUUCUACGGUGCAUCAGCAAUCGUCCACAAGCUGGUGGAGGGCUCACACUCAGCAAACAUACGUCGCAUGCUUCACGACCCGCCGCCAGAACAGCUCCGGAACUUGAGGAACCUGCUGCUGCACGUGGCAGGUCUCCUCUGCCACCCUAACACACCACUUUGUGCUGCAGCCAUACAAGAGGUGGUGGACCUGCUGGCGGAGACUGGUGUGGAAGACUGUGGUGAUUGGCUGUCCAUGCUGGAGGACACUGAAGUGAACAGGACUGCCUUGGAUUGUGUUGUCAGACACAUUACAAGUUAUGAGAGGGAGUGGGUAACAAUAACAGACAGCACCAUCACCAGUGCCAGGGCCCUCCUCCCCCUCAUCCCCUCCAAGAAGGUACUGAUAAAUCUAAGCAGGAAGGAAUCAGACGUGCAGGGGCUCAUCUUUGAACACCACAAAUACAUUGAGCUGUACCUGGACCACCAAUACAAGCAUCCAGACCAAGCCACUCUCUGUGACUCCUUGCUGCGUGCCAUGCCCAGGAGUCACCUUCAGUUGUUCACGGGUCACCUAAGUGGUGCCGGCACACAGCUGCUGCAGGAGUACCGGGGCCUGGAGGUGCUCCGCCUGGCCGUGUGUGACCAAGACGCCCAAGAGGUUCUGGCCGCCAUCAGCGCCGUCCACGCGUCGCUGCCUCAGCUACACGCCCUCUGGCUACACGUCCCCGUGGGUGCCGUGAGGACACAGGCGUGCACCACACGGCUGCCUGGCUGCCCACGGGUGAUCCUCGUGUUGUCUGGCGUGGACGAGAGGCUGCUGGAGGAGGCGGCCCAGAUAGCACAGCUCCUGCAGCCCACACAGCGCCCAUACUGCAGCAUCAGGUUCCCCGGCAGCAGCAUGAAGGCAGAUGUGUGGCGGCGCUGCCUUCACAAGCUGGCCAAUGCCGGCGUCACGGUGCUUGGUGGUGCUGCUGGUGGUGGUAUUGGUGUUGGUAUUGAAGCACCGGACACCAGCCCCAUCACGGAGGAGGAGGAGAGGGAGCUGCACAUCCUUGCCACCACCACGAUGUUACAUGCCUUCAAAAGACGGCUUGAAGAGGACCUGUGGUAGGGGUUCCUGUACUCCCCGUGACGGCCAGACUCAUCGGUGCUGGAAGUGCAUCCACUCACGAGGCAAACACCUGGGCUGCAUUUAUCCUACUGCAUUGUGUGUGUACAAGUCUACAGUGUGGCGCUCUCUCUCUCUCUCUCUCUCUCUCUCUCUCUCUCUCUCUCUCUCUCUCUCUCUCUGAUGAUUCAAAUUAUAUUCUUAAGUUUGUUAGAAUUCUUAAGUCUCUCUCUCUCUCUCUCUCUCUCUCUCUCUCUCUCUCUCUCUCUCUCUCUCUCUCUCUCUCUCUCUCUCUCUCUCUCUCUCUCUCUCUCUCUCUCUGAUGAUUCAAAUUAUAUUCUUAAGUUUGUUAGAAUUCUUAAGUCUUGAUUCUCUCUCUCUCUCUCUCUCUCUCUCUCUCUCUCUCUCUCUCUCUCUCUCUCUCUCUCUCUCUCUCUGAUGAUUCAAAUUAUAUUCCUAAGUUUGUUAGAAUUCUUAAGUCUUAAUGUAGUUUCUCUCUCUCUCUCUCUCUCUCUCUCUCUCUCUCUCUCUCUCUCUCUCUCUCUCUCUGAUGAUUCAAAUUAUAUUCUUAAGUUUCUUAGAAUUCUUAAGUCUUGAUGUAGUCUCUCUCUCCCUCUCUCUUCCUCUCUCUCUCUCUCUCUCUCUCUCUCUCUCUCUCUCUCUCUCUCUCUCUCUCUCUCUCUCUCUCUCUGAUGAUUCAAAUUAUAUUCCUAAGUUUGUUAGAAUUCCUAAGUCUUGACACUCUCUCUCUCUCUCUCUCUCUCUCUCUCUCUCUCUCUCUCUCUCUCUCUCUCUCUCUCUC